CUGGAAUGAGGGAUAAUCGACAGAGAUUUAUUUCAAGUUAAUAGAAGUACAGAUCUUCCCCGUCUGUGUCCCAAGAAUUCGACCUAUGGAUUCUGCCGUUGAGCAGUUCGGUUAUGUGUUGACGCUAAACGUGGGCGGCUGUUACUUCACGGCGUCACUCGAAGUCCUGCGCAGGUAUGAGGGCUCCAGGCUGGCAGCCAUCUUUAAUGGCCUCCACGUUCCAUUGAAGGACGGGGAAGGUCGCUACUUUAUCGACAGAGACGGCACCAACUUCGGCCACAUCCUCAACUUCCUCCGCGACAGUCAACUGCCUCCAGCUGACAAGGUUAAAGAGGUCUACAAGGAGGCACGAUACUACAAGAUUGAGCCACUUGUCGAGGCGCUUCGCAAGCACAGGUCCGUUUUUGAGGAGGAAGAAGAUGUCUCCUUCGCAAAAGACUGCCCCGAAGCCUUGGAAAAGGCGACUGAAGUGGUCAGCAUACUUCGGCAGAGGUUCGCGAAUACCCUGAGCCGCUCGUGCAGAGUCACUCUCCAGUUCUCCCAGGAGCAGGCCUGGAAAUCAGUGAGGAAGAGUGACCGUGGGAGUGACGUCAGCAUCUACAUUCCGCCCCAGGAGCUGGAAGAAACGACGGCUCGCCAGGACCACCGCUGCUCCUCUCCAGACGUGCUGCUGGGGGAAAUGUCGGAGUCUGACAGGGUGAAACACCUGAGCUUCUUCACGCGUUACUUGCACAGGCUAGGCUACAAUGUGACAGUGAGUGAGAGGGACUGCGGAGCCCCGGUGUGGUCCCAGCCCGUGCGAUGGUCCGACGGUACCGCGGAUACGACCAUCCAUUGUGCAAAAAAGCUCCACAUUCUUACUUUGUGCCGUGGACACCCUCCGUCCCUCAGAGAGCACCGAACCGCAAGUCACAACAUGCAGACAGCUCGCACCGUCUCCGCCGUCCAGCAGACGGAACAAGUUCUCACCAUGGCUCUCCAGCGUCCCAGGGACGGAACGUCGUUCCACUUCGUCGUGCCUCUGAACGUGGGCGGCCGUCACUUCACCAGCACCCUGCCCGUUCUGCGCAAGUACGAGGAGUCCAUGCUGGCGGCGAUGUUCAGUGGCCGCCAUCUUGUUGUGAAGGAUAAAGACGGCCGAUACUUCAUCGAACGUGACGGCGCCAACUUCGGCCACAUCUUGAACUUCCUUCGCGACAGCAGGCUGCCUCCUGUAGAUAAGGCAAAAGAUGUCUACCACGAGGCGCUCUACUACGGGAUCACCCCGCUCGCCGACAUCCUCCGCCGGCACAGGACCAUCCAUGAGGAGGAGGAGGUGGCCAGGUGGGUCGAGCAGUGCCCCACCGCCCAGGAGAAGGCGGACGAGAUCGCCAACCUUCUCCAGAAGAAGUUUGCGGACACCCCGAGCAGGAAGAGCCGCGUGGUCCUCCAGUUCGACCAGGAUUCUCACUGGGAGGCCGUGCGCCACAAAGCCUCGGGCGAGUCCAUCGGCAACUACUUCAAGCCUUACGACUUCGACCAAGACGAGAGUCACAAGGACCACAAGUGUCCCCUGCCAGAGAUAGCCAUGGGAGAGAUGUCUGAGCACGAGAAGGAGAAGACGCUGUGUUUCUUCGAUCACUUCUUCGAGAAGCUGGGCUAUAAGAUGGAAGUCGUCCCCGGGGUGUGUCGGGAGGCGGUGUGGUCCCAAGAAGUCUCCUGGCCUGGAGAGUAUGUGGACUCCAUAUCCGUUUACUGUAACAGGCAAAUCUACACACUCACCUUUACUUGAGCCAUUUGGAAGAGUAGUACAGCUGUGCUUGCCGAGCUACGAAGACUAAACCAGAAACAUGUUAACACGUAAUUUUGUUUGUGUGUGUCGAUCAAGCAAGCGUUUCCGUUUUAAUGGUGUCAUGAAAAUUAUUAAGAUGGGAGGUUGAUUUCGACAUUUCACUUUUUUAUAUAUUAAUAGGAGACUAAUGAAGGAAGAAAUUUGUAUCGUCCUGGCACCAGUUAUGCUGGGGACCUUACAAAUCAUGGAGAUGAAGAAACAUAGUUUUUAUAGUAUGGUACAGGUGUACUGGGUGGAACAUAUUUUGAUACGUUUUUAGCUGGGUAAUGGAGAUUGAUAUUCAAGUGUUGAUAGAUAAUGAUCGUCUUCCACACCUGUGUUUACACAAGGUCUCACUGAGUGGCCGAGGGGGUGGGAGUGGAUGGGGUAACCCAGCUGAAGGUUGUUAACCUAGAUAAGAUACACCAAAUCCACUCCCAAAGUUAACACAAAAAGGCCCAUUGCACUUCCCCACAAGUCACUAGGGAUUCCAAACUUACACCACUUUAUCUAUGCCCCUGAACCUAAUUGCUCACCCAGAACGUGAACUGCUAACAAACAAACCAACAAAAACAAAAGGUCCACUGCAGUGACGUGAGACCCCCACUUUCGAACUUGACCUUGGUCACCUCAACAGUAAUUUGCCUACCAAUAAUCAUGAACAUCAAUUUACAUA